AGCAUCCCAGGGAACAGCUCAUUUCACGCUGCCGCACACCCAAUUAAAGGAGGAAUUUAAACUGAACUGACCCAUUGAAAGCUGCUAUGGGUGCCGUUUCGAGCACCGAGGCCGAAAGGGAGCCGCUUCUCGUCCCCUCUCUCGCGGAGACAAACAGUCCGCCGGUAAACAGCAGAGUGUACGGGAGAAGAUGGCUGGUUCUGACUCUGUUUUCUCUGCUGGCACUAAUGCAGGGGAUGGUGUGGAACUUCUGGGGUCCUAUCCAGAAUUCGGCUGCUCACGCUUUCGGCUUCACCAAGUCCGAUAUAGCAGUUCUGGUGCUGUGGGGUCCAGUGGGUUUCGUUCCCUGGCUGCUGUUUAUGUGGUUAAUGGAUAAAAAAGGUUUGCGGGCCUCCCUCCUCCUCUCAGCGUUCUUCAUGCUGCUAGGAGCUGCUCUGCGGAGCAUCCCACUGUCGGACCAGCCUCUCAGACGAUGGUUAAUUCACGGAGGUCAGUUCCUAAACGGUUUAGCCGGCCCAACCAUAAUGAGCGCCGGCCCCUUCCUUUCCACCACGUGGUUUGCUCCCGACCAGAGGGCCACCGCCACCGCCGUGGCCUCGCUCUUCUCCUACCUGGGAGGCGCUGCUUCGUUUGUGGUCGGACCUCUAGUCGUCCCAGCCCCCAACAACACCCAGGCAGCAACCUUGAUGGCAGCGUCGGUUUCCAACAGCUUGAUCAGAGACAGGAUCCAGCUGGUUAUGUAUGCAGAAUUGGCUGCAAUUGCAGUGCUUUUUGUGGCAGUCCUGCUCUACUUCCCGUCACGCCCGCCGAUGCCUCCAAGUGUGGCCGCCGCGAGCCAGAGACUCAGUUACAGGAGCAGCAUCUGCAGACUUCUGAGCAACCUACGGUUCGUGAUGAUAGCGCUUGCCUAUGCAGUACCCACAGGAGUGAUUGCCGGCUGGUCGGGAGUUCUCGAUAUGGUCCUUACCCCAGCCAAAGUCAGCCAGGUGGAUGCAGGAUGGAUUGGUUUCUGGUCAACUGUCGGUGGAUGUGUGUUCGGAGUGGCAAUGGCCAGGUUUGCAGACUCCAUCCGGGGGAUGCUGAAGCUGAUCCUGGUGCUGAUGCUGGCAGGUGCUUCGCUGGCUUCUACCUGGUUUACACUCACCUGUCUGAGCAGAGUCACUCACCUCCCCUCCACUGCAGCCAUCCUGUACACUUCCUGCAUCCUGGUGGGCAUUUUUAUCAACAGCAGCGUGCCAAUAUUCUUUGAGCUCUUCAUCGAGACUGUGUACCCGGUCCCUGAAGGCAUCACUUGCGGGGUGGUCACCUUCCUGGGCAACCUGGUCACCGGCCUGCUCCUCUUCUUCCUCACAUUCUACUGUACAGAUCUGUCAUGGUUGAACUGGUGUCUAACCGGCUCCUGCCUCUUCAGCCUGGUCCUCAUCCUCUUCUUCAGGGAGUCCUACGACCGCCUCUACCUGGACGUCUUUGUCUCCGUGUGACGUCAAAAACAACCUAAACUAAAAAAGGACCGAAUAAUCUAUUCUUGCACAAAGGAGAGGAGAAAAGGGAGACAAUGUGGAAAGCCCACAAUCUUUUAUUGACAUAUAAGAUUUUAGGAUGUAAAUGUGUAUAUUGGUGACAGUGGUGAUUCAUUGCUGUCAUAUGGCUGCCGAGAAGAAGCAAGAAGCGACCAUGUUUACUCUUUAUACUGACUCGAGGCCAUAUGACUAACACAUCAUUACCUGUUUUUAUAUGUCAGUCUAUGUUUGUAUGUAAACAGACUUUUGUGAACGGUUAAUGAUUUCUCUUUAACCAGACACAGCAUGGCAGACUGUUAAUCGUCGUUGUUUACAGAUGUAAUAUUUAAAGAUGUUCUCAGUGUCGCCCCUGUGUGGCUGCUUGGUGCACUUCCCCUGAUUGUCUUUAAAAAUGAUGGGACGCUGUCCCAAAGCUGGAAGACGAGCUGACUCCGGAGCAGCAUUAAGCGUCGGUCACUAAAAAGGAAGUAAUGCGCGAUAAUGGGACGGCUCCGUCAGCCAAUCAGCAGGCCUGGCUGUGCUGAGUCGGGGCUCAUCUUUGGACAUUUUAUCACUAUUUCAUCAAGAUGAAUAUUAUGCAAGAACAGAAGUUACCUACGGGAUUGAUGAUUGGAGGUCAGCCAAAGGCGUGGGCUGGGCUUGGACGAACCUGCGCUUUAUUUCGCCAAUGAACUAUUGAUGUGGAAAACUCCUGUGAUCUUUUACACGUUGACAUUUCAGAGGUUCUAUUAGCUUAUUUAUGGUUAAUAAUGUCAAUUUCUUGGAGAUUUAUUGUUUAUUGUUUGCGUGUUUGUUGUUGUUGUUGUUUUUUAAAUCUAAUGAUUAGUUUUUACAGUUUUUAAUAUUUCAGUUGUUCUCAGCAGCCUGCCAGUAUUUAUUGGAACUUUCUCAACACUAACACCAAUAACACAGUUUUCACUGAAGCAGGAUGUUUUGAUGACGACUGAGACGGCAGCCGAGACACACCGAGGGAGAUUACAUUAUUAUACAGACAUGAGGAUGACGUCAUGUUGUAAAUUGCCAAGCUGCUCCUCUCCAAAGCACCAGCAGGUGUCUCUGCGUCGACUCAAAGUCUACUGACAUAAAACCUUAAGGGAAAAAGAAGGAAGUAGCUUUUAUUUUGUACAUGUUUUCUGAACUUUUUAACUGAUAAAAACCUGAGCUGUGACAGAUCUGGAAGGACAUAACCACAAAGAAACACAUCGAGGCAAAUGAAAAACAUCUGUCACAUGCAAAGUGUUUCUGUAACUUUGCCCGUGACCUCUCCUCGUGUCUUCGUCUUGCACAGCAGCUAUAUGAAAUAUGAAUUGCUUUAACGUGUUUUCCUCUGGGCUUCGAGGAUCCUCUGUAAUGUGGUGCUUGUGGGUUUUCUUUUCUUUUUUUUUAACUCUCCUUGUACAGAAAGGUUUGUCUUUUACCUUUUUGACGUGUUGCCUUAAUUGCCCGGUGCGGUGCGUUCAGCCUCUCUCUCUCUCUCUCUCUCUGUCUCUCUCUCUGUCUCUCUCUCUCUC